AUGUCCACCAACGAGUUGUCCAUUUCCUUUGUCCCCGCGAGCGCAGUAUUGGCCGCGGCCAUUGCUCUACCAUGUGUGGGCAUUCUCAGCGUCGGGGUUCGGUUUGCUCUUCGCUGGAAGAAUGAGAGAUCCAUUGGAGUCGACGAUUGGUUGAUCCUGGUAGCACUAGUCUUUGUGAUAGGCAUGGGUGCUGUGCAGGUUUACGGAGGCGUCGAACAUGCAUUGGGCUACUCCACUCCACCCUAUUCGAGCGAAGAGGCCGAAUUGACAGAACUGUCGAGACCUCAGAGAAUCGUCGAGCUGGUGGAUUGGAUUACUUGGGUGGUGAUGACCCCGGCCAACGGACUGAUCAAGCUAAGCUCUCUCUUUCUCUACCGUCGGAUCUUUGCCGUGGGUCAAGAGAGGGUCUUUGGGAUGCUUAGCUGGAUUCUGAUCGGUCUGUGCACGCUCUGGACGCUCGCCUUCUUCUUUGCCACCAUCUUUGGCUGUGGACGGCACUUUGCCUAUCCGUGGGGGCCGUUGGGGGAAAUUGGCAGCUGCAACACUAAUGCACGCCUGGAAGCGAUGAUGAUUACCGACCUGAUCACGGAUGUGCUGGUCUGGAUUUUACCCGUGCCGAUGGUCUGGCGGACGCAAAUGAAAUUCGGGCGCAAACUCGCCGCGACGGGUGUUCUCCUACUGGCAACCAUAUCGCUGGCAGCGGCCGUUGUGCGACUCAUUGUUCAGGGUCAGAUCACCAACGGAGGAUAUGCGGCACAUACCGACGUGGACCAGACCCUGACUAUCCUACUGUACUGGAGUAUGAUUGAGUCGGGGCUAGCCUUGAUUGCGUCCUGUCUGCCGACCAUGCGACUCCACACGGCGUGGAAAAAAGCCCUGUCGGCCCUCUGUCCGCGGCCGGGGACGAGCCUGCCCUCCUGGCCGGAAAGCACCCCGGUCGAGAGUCACGGCCGGAAGAAACGGAUGUCUAGCUCCAUGGGCUCCACCUUGGUGCAGCAGAAAAGCCAGUCGUCGCAAGUGGUGCCGCUGAUCGAAAUGAACCGGGGUCAGGGCCGCCGGGCCAAUGAUGCGGAGACGGGCUGGACAGCCUGA